AUGUUCUACGUAAUCUACACGGUCAUUUUCGUCAUCGGAAUCGCCGGCAACCUGCUGGUCUGCUUCAUCGUCAUCCGGAUCCCGUCAAUGCAAAGCGUGACCAAUUACUUCAUAGCCAAUCUGGCCGUCUCCGAUAUUCUGAUGUGCGUUCUCGCGGUGCCGUUCACUUCGGCUCACAUAGUUAUGGGCACUUGGCUCUUCGGCGAGACGUUAUGUCACAUUGUGCCUUUUGCCCAAGGUGUUUCGGUUUACGUGUCGACGUUCACGCUGGUGGCGAUCGCCAUCGAUCGCUACAUCGUAAUAGUUCACCCGUUCAGCAAGCGGAUGCAGCUCCGUUGCUGCUGCGUCACGAUCGCGUGCAUCUGGGCGGCCGCGUGCGUGUUCACCUCACCGUACGGAAUCUUCAUUCAACAUUUCCAAGUGGCGCGGGGGACCUACUGUCAAGAGAACUGGCCUUCGGAGAACAGCCGGCAGUUCUUCAGCAUGGGAACAACGAUUCUCCAGUUUCUACUGCCGCUGCUUGCGGUCGGUUUCUGCUACAUGCGAGUCUGUUGCAAAUUGCGUCAACGGGUGAGGAAGAAGAGCGCGCGCGCCGGUCGAGUACUCGAACAACAGAGAACCCGACGGACGAACCGGAUGCUCAUCGUCAUGGUGGUGGUGUUCGGCGCCUCGUGGAUGCCUUUGAACGUGCACAACUUAUGGCUGGACUUCCAUAUUCCGGCAGCAUCGUUUUCGGCGUCUCUCGACAACGUGAUUUUCUUCGUCUGUCACGCAAUAGCCAUGAGCUCAACCUGCUACAAUCCGUUCUUGUACGCGUGGCUCAAUGAGAACUUCCGGAAGGAAUUCAAACUAGUCCUACCGGGCUUCCGCGCCUCGAUCCUGUCGCGGUCCAUAUGUCGCAGCGAUUCCCAGACGAAAAUCGAGCGAACACAGAAUGGUAACAUCAAUCAGCUGGACAACACCGUUCAAGACUCGUAUUUACCGAAAUCAUCAAAUUGCGAGCCCUCGUCAACGACGUUACCAACGCUCAUAUCCGUCCGCUACAGCGCGACAGAAGACCAAAUUUUCCUGACGAUGGAGAACGUCGUCGAUGUCAGCGCUCUGCUCGACAGCCUCUCGGAUAACGAGACGCGCGAGGCUCUGCGGAUGCUCGAACUGAAUGUCUCAAUGAAUGUCCCAUAUGCCAACCACCAGGAUGAGCGACCCUCUAUAUUGGUGCAGUUCAUUCUGACAAUCGUCUACGCCAUGAUCUUCGUCGUGGGGGUUUCGGGAAAUCUGUUGGUUUGUUACGUCGUCAUUCGGAACAAACAUAUGCGAACGGUGACCAACUACUUCAUCACCAACCUCGGCCUGGCGGACAUAAUGCUGUGCACUCUGGCCGGUCCGAUAACGGUGACCGAUUACCUGCUGAACAACUGGAUUUUCGGCGAAACGCUCUGCCAUCUCAUCCCCUGCGCGCUAGGCGUUAGCGUCUAUCUGUCGGUGCUGACGUUGAUGUCGAUUGCCAUCGACCGCUACUUCGUGAUUUUGCAUCCUUUCCGAGAUCGAAUGAGGAAAUUCACAUGUCUUAUGCUGAUCGCAUUCACGUGGGUUGUUUCCGUGCUGCUGACUCUACCCUACGGAAUCAACAUGGAUUAUCGACCGGCCACCGAAGAGACCGGUCGGGCCUACUGUUUCGAAGCCUGGCCGGAGGACGGGCAUCGCCAAAUGUUCACGAGUACCACGGCCAUCGUGCAAUUCAUGGCUCCGUUUGUCGUCACGGCAUUCUGCUACAUCAGGGUCUGGUAUCGGCUCCGAGACCGGAGCAUAAACAAGCCGGGGGCCAAGUCCGUUCUCAAAGAGGAACUCGACCGCAAACGCAAAAGACGCACCAACCGAAUGCUGAUCGCCAUGGUUUUGAUCUUCGGCGCCUCGUGGCUGCCCAUGAACAUGCACCACCUCAUGGUGGAUUUCAAUAAGGCAUAUGCGGUCUGGCGACACGCGAACACGACGUUUUUCAUCACUCACGCCUUCGCGAUGAGCUCCGCCUGUUAUAACCCGUUCCUGUAUGCGUGGCUCAACGAAAACUUUCGCAAAGAGUUCAAACUUGUAUUGCCUUGCUUCUUCUCGAAGGCCAUCUCGGUGAGAACCAGUGUGCGCAACAACAACACACCCGCCGACGCUCCCGAAGCUACCGCGGUCAACGGGGCUGAGCAAAGCUGUCAGAAGCCGCUGCUCGCCCCGACGCAAUGCUCCGAUCUCAUGGACUCGAAAGUCAGUGGUAUCCGGACAAAGACCUCGUGUAUCACGGCCAACCUGAUGACGACAUGUGAUGUGUAA